AUGGUUAACCUGACAGUCACUGGUGGAUCAGUGAUCCUGCAGAGUCCUGUCCUCCCUGUGAUGGAGGGAGAUGACGUCACUCUGCUCUGUAAAACAAAGACCACUCCCUCCAACCUCCCAGCCAUUUUCUUCAAAGAUGGCGUCUUCAUCGGAAAAGAGCCUACAGGUCACAUGACCAUCCAGCAUGUUUCCAGGUCUGAUGAAGGCCUCUACAAGUGUGACAUCAGCGGUCAUGGAGAGUCUCCAUCCAGCUGGAUCACUGUCACAGGGGAAGACACCACCACACCUCCACCUACAUCCACACCUCCUCCUGGUUGCACCUCUUGUCAUCCAUCACCCUCCCUGCCUGUUGUCUCUGUGUUGUCAUUCUUUUUAACAGUCUGUGUUGCAGCUCUACUUACUUUAAUAGUUCUGUUCAUUAAACUUUGUGUUGUUAGAAAACCUGAAGGUGACACUUGGACCUCUGGAUUUGACCCAGCCAAUCGACAGGAAGCUAAAGAAGAUAACCCAAUCAGUAACGUCUUAUAUGACAUCGGACAGAGCAGAGAGAUAAAUCGGGCUGCACUCUACUCAACAGUGAGGAAAAAAACACCACUUAUUUACAAAUCGUGAAAGACAAGAGAAACAAAUCAAAGCCAACAGAGUUUCCAUCAGAGCCAGAUGCCAUCUCCCCCCUAACAGAUGUAGUCCACCAGUCCAACCACUGCAAUCCAGCUGAGGGUCUCGAAUCGGUCCACACAACACCCCAGAUGACAAUUACUUGUAUAACAGAUUAGUACAUAUCUUCUUUUCUUUACAUGGAGUUAGAGUCACUCAACUUUUGUGAGACAAGAAAAUCAAUUCAACAGCGGAAAGAUUUUUUAUAAAAAAAACCUUUAAAAAUGUAAACUCUAAAGACUAAAACAAAAAGCAAUAAUAAUAAUUGUCUUUAUCACCACAGCAAUGAUCUGGUUUCUCUGCAGAAUCAGAUACCUUUGGUCUCAUUUUUUUUUGUUCUUCCCGUGUGGUUCUGUGGGUUUUACAAAGAAUUCUGAUCAAAAAUUUGAGGCGUUGUGGCAAACCAGUGCAGACUUCUGUUCACCUAACCAGACUGUAAACAGCAUGAACAUCAUUCAGACACUGCACAGAAUAUUUUUAGAACAAACUGUACGUGUGUCUAUUUGUACAUUUUGAUUCAAGGAAAUUGAAUUUAUGAGACUUUCCUUCAGUUGUUUUUCAAACUAAGCAUGCCUCCAUAUUAUUAUAUCUUUCAAAUUAUGCAGCUGCACACAUUCAUCUUAGCGUGUUUUUCAGUGUCUGUGGACACAGGGUUUCUUGGACACUUGUAGAUUUUCUUUUAAACUUCUAUGGCUGAUUGCUUUGCUCCUACAUGGUUCUUCAGUUUAUUGCUAUUAUGUCAGUUUGAUCAAAGAAAAAGAAGUAAAUAUUACAUAUAUUGUGAGGAUAAAUGUUCAAACAGAUCCUGCUUUUGAUGCAGUUGCAAGUGCUGUGUUUGAUUGUGAUAUUUGCCUGUAAGUUGCACAAUUGUG